AUGAAAGUCAUGCUGAGUGUUCUGUUGUGCACGCUACUGAUGGUGUUAACCGGAAGCAGUCCAUUGUUUGCACGAAAAAUGUCCGGCAGGAGAAACCCUUGGACGGAUGUCACCUAUCGGGAGCGACUGCAAAGUUGGGGCCUUUAUCCAAAGGUGUUUCGUUACGGCACAACCAACCAUCAUGCUGCCAUUAUGGAGCGUAAACGAGCAGAGCUAAGCUGGUUAAAGCGAUUAGUUCGGGAAAAUGAAGAAAUUAUAGGCAGACAACGGCAUGCAAACAUGGCGUCAUAUGAAAGCAAUGAACGCGAUCGUCAGUACGAGAAAUUUAAGGAAAAACAUUUUCAGAAGAUGGAACAGGAUGCACUGGAAGUUUUGUGGCAGCAUCGUUAGCUGUUACAUGUAAAGAGAUGAGAU